AUGCAAUGGCAGCCAGGUUGCCGAUCAGUGAUCAGAGUCCCCCCUCCACAAACAAAUAACAAGGACAAAGCAACCCAAGGUUGGCCAAACAAUCAGAAAAAUAGGGGUCAAAGAGGGAACUUUGAAUGGAGACGUCUCAAUUCUAGAUCCAGAUUGAGCACUAGCUCCGAGCCACUUUCCCAGAAACCUUCUACCUUGAGUAGAAGAUCAAGGGAAAAUGAAGCGAAUGCAGAAGGCGGACACGAUGAGCCAUAUUCUCAAUCGCCAAUAUGGAGCCUGCUCUUCGCAGGCAACUCGGGAGUAAACUGGGCCAAGCACACCAGCAGAGGAACUUCAAAAAAGGCGGCCAAAGAGAGAAAAAAAAUGGGGAAAGGGAGUGGCAAAGAAAAAGAAAAGGAAACUGAACGUACACGUACCUGGCUCUCCGGCCAAUUCAGCCUCGCCAGCUUUGUUACCCCAAGCAUUUCCAGCACGGUCGCCAUGCGUAGUCCUGAGGUUCUUCGGACGAGCUCGCUUAUGCUAUUAGAGAUAAGCGAGAGCGAGACGAGCGAAAAAGGGCCGCGGCCACCAAUGAUUGCGAAAGACGAAAAGACCGCAAGUGUGAUAGUUUUUGAAUUGAAUGCGGGGUCCCGUAUCGUAAGGUUUGAAUUCCGUAAUGGGGGAGACGGUAUGAUGGCAUAG